GGUAUGCACACAAAGAGUGUGAUGAGGACGGAGAAUGGUUUAAGCAUCCACUAACAAACAAAACCUGGUCCAAUUAUACAACCUGUGUAAAUCUGGAUGAUUUAGAGUGGAAGCACAGCAUUAAUCUUAUAUCUGAAGUGGGCUAUUGCAUAUCAUUAAUAGCAAUAUUACUAUCACUAGCGAUAUUGGGAUAUUUCAAAUCCUUGAAAUGCGCACGUAUAACACUGCACAUGAAUCUAUUCACUUCCUUUGCAGCUAACAACUCACUAUGGUUGGUAUGGUAUUUAGUGAUAAUACCAGAUACAGAACUACUACAUCAGAGUCCCGCCACUUGCGUUGCACUGCACAUCAUACUACACUACUUCCUUCUGACCAACUACUCAUGGAUGCUCUGCGAGGGUUUUUAUUUGCAUACGGUGCUGGUAUCCGCAUUUAUAUCUGAAAAAAAGUUGGUGAAAUGGUUGAUUGCAUUUGGCUGGGGUUCGCCAGCUAUUGUAAUUUUUAUUUAUAGUUUGGCGCGUGGACUUGGCGGUAUUGGUGAUGAAGUUGUGCACUGCUGGAUGAAUUCUACUGAUUAUACCAAUAUUCUCGUUGUACCUGUUUGCAUUUCAAUGUUCCUCAAUUUGCUUUUUCUGUGCAAUAUUGUGCGCGUAGUGAUGCUUAAGCUUAAGGCUCCAGCCAGCAUUCAAGGAAACUGUGGGCCAUCACGUACUGUACUGCAAGCAUUUCGCGCCACAUUACUACUUGUGCCACUUUUGGGCUUGCAGUAUAUUGUGACACCAUUCCGUCCUGAUCCUGGCCACCCAUGGGAGCACACCUACGAAGUUGUAUCAGCUUUUACCGCAUCCUUUCAAGGUUUAUGCGUAGCCACCCUAUUCUGCUUUUUCAACGGUGAGGUCAUCGCACAAGUGAAACGGAAAUGGCGUACAGUAUGCUUCAGUAACAGACCACGUGCGAAUUCCUACACAGCCACUCAGGUCUCGGUAAGAUUUUUAUAGAUGUCUGUGUUUGUAUCUUUGUAAUAUGUGUACGUCUCGUGUAUAAACGUAAAAUUAAAGGAA